ACGGAUGUACCUUUCAAGGAUAUGUCACCGGUGAUAAACCCUUGUCGCUCGAAGAAGACCACGUCAUUUUGAACAUUGACAAGGCGUCAUCUCUUCCAAUUUUCCCCUCCGGGAGGGAUCCGGGAGGCUAGUAGCGGGUAGAUCGCCGGAUGGGAGGCUCGAAGGGGAGAGUCUAUGGUGAGAUGGGGGAAAACAUGAAUGGCGUCCUUCGGAACCAAAGAAAGUUGCUUGAUACAACGUUCGCAAAAGUUCCAACCAUUGCCAACAGACUUCUUGUACGGGAAUCCAGCCCUGACCUAGACAUCCAACUCCUACUGCAAGGACAAAAGUACUCCUACACUUUUCCCUCCCCUCUUUGACUUGGUACCUUACUACUCCCUCGUCAUGCGUCUUACUAUCAGAGAUACAAAAGAGCAAGUCGGUCAAUACAUUGGCGACUACAUUGCCAAACGGAUCAACAGUUUCAAACCGAAAGCUGGUAGACCACACUUUGUUCUCGGUCUCCCAACAGGUUCCAGCCCUUUGCCAGUGUAUGAGAGACUGGUAGAGCUCUACAAGGCCGGGGAGGUGUCUUUCAAGGAUGUUAUAACGUUCAACAUGGAUGAAUACGUUGGAAUCCCUCGAGAUCAUCCUGAAUCUUACCACACCUUCAUGUUCAAGAACUUUUUCUCCCUCGUUGACAUUGACCCCAAGAACACCCAUAUCCUGAACGGAAAUGCUGAGGAUCUGUACAAAGAGUGUGAGGACUACGAAGUUGCUAUCAAGGAGGCUGGAGGAAUCGAUCUCUUCCUCGGUGGAAUCGGAGCUGACGGUCACAUCGCCUUCAACGAACCCGGUUCUUCCCUCUCAUCCAAAACACGAAUCAAGACCUUGGCGUACGAGACUAUCCUUGCCAACUGUCGAUUCUUCAGCAAUGACCUCUCUGCCGUCCCGCGUAUGGCUCUCACAGUCGGUGUUCAAACCGUCAUGGACGCUAGAGAAGUCGUCCUCGUCGUCACUGGACAAGGUAAAGCGUUGGCCCUCAGUCAAAUGAUCGAAGGUGGUGUCAAUCAUAUGAUCACCGCCUCUGCUUUACAGACUCAUCCUUGGGCUUUGGUCGUUUGCGAUGAGGACGCCACCAACGAACUCCGAGUCAAGACGGUCAAAUACUUCAAGUCCAUCGAAAAGGUUCAAGACGAAGUCGAGGCCAAAUACGGACCCGUCGGAGCCGUUCGAUUGGGUUUGGGAAGAGCUAGCGCCGCUUGAAAAGCUAGCAUCGGCGAAGAGUAUGAUGACAGAUGGGCUCUGUCACGAACUUUACUUUGGCGUGCUUGAUGGUGUCGGACCGAGACGGGGAUCUAGAUGGAUCAAUGCAUAACCCUCGUAUCGAUUGGAGGGUC